AUGAAGCGUCCCUCUUUUGCCGAAGGCGUUGCAAUUGCACUGCUAGUGUCACAAGCACUGAUUCAUACGACAAAUGCUCUCAUACCACAGCGGUUGUCAACCACAACGAAUCAUCAAAGAUCAUCCUCCACUUCUUCGACACACUCCAUAACCAGGCUGAAUGCCUUUCGACCGAACGUGAACGAGCCAUCACUAAGGCAUUACCGAUUAAUUUCCACCCAACUGUAUGUUGCAGAGUUGUCCGAUGAAAAACGAGAAGAGAAGCCAGAGAAAAAAAAACAAUUUAAGGUUCAGAUUUCCACCAGCCCUGUCAGCAAGUUUCGGAAACUCAAGGACAUUAUGUGGAUAAGGGAAGCCGUGGAAGAUCUGACAGCUGCAGAAUUCGCUUGCUCGGUAGAUUCUCCUGAGAGCCUUUCUGACAAGAAACAAAAGAGAGCUGUAGACUACGAAAAGCUCCUUUCUCAGUUGGACCGAAGAGUUAGUGACAUGAUAUGUCAGUCUGUGGAUGAUUUGGAACUAAGCGACGUCGCGCCGACUUUAAUCCGAAGCCAAGGAAUGGGAAGAUAUGUGUACACUGAUAGUCAACGGUCGGCACUAUUGACGAGGAUGUUGAAUACACGGGAAAAGGUACAGGCAAUCACAAAAGGACAUGAAGCACAAGCACAAGAAAAGGGCGAUGACUUUGGAAUUCAAAUGCCUGAAAUGCCCGAUUUGACUAUCGAAGUUCCAAAAGAAGAAAACUCCACCAGUUCGGGACCAAAAUUGUAUGUUCGAGACGAUGGGACCGUUGACUGGGAUGGUGCGCUCCAAGAUCGGGCUGCACUAAAGAAAUUUGGAGGCGCUGUAUGGGCUAGAAUCAAUGGACAAACUGCGGAUGAUAUAUCAGAAGAAGAUGAUGAUGAGAUUGAAGCAUCAGAUGGGCACAAACAUGCCAAACCUGCUGUGACGGUUAAAAUUGAGGAUACUCCAGAGAUUCUAGAAGCGAGGAAUGAACUAAACAACCUCAGAGAAGAAUUGAAAGAAUUUCAAAGGUCCCAUACAGCAUUGCUGAGUUCUGGAAUCAGCGCGGGUCAAGCUGUUGCGAAUGUGAACCUAGCCUCGUUGAAACCUGAAUUGCGGGCAAAAAUUCGUUCUUCUGCAACUGCACUUGAGAAAUUGGAGCAGCAAGUCUCAUUUCAGAGACUCGUUUAUGAGUUGGAGAGAAUUUAUACCUAUCUUGCAACAGAGCUUGGAAAUCCGAAUGCAAAGGGAUAUGUCCCACUUCAAGAUAGACUGAACGUGGCGGAAUAUGGUCUGUUGGAGAGUCAGAUUGAAGGUUGCAGUCGCGACUUGGAAGAUAAGGGGGAUAUCGACGAAGACAUUCUUGCUGUGAUUGCAGAGCAAAUGACAGAUUUCAAACGACGACUUGGUAUUGAUUAUUAUGUAUCGGGGCUCUCAUAUGAUAAGGAAGCAAUCCAAACUUGGUUGGCUGAUGUUCUUGCACAGGCAAAAAGCGGAGUUGCGUUUUAUAUCAAGGGAACUCGCCUGCUGUGGAACGAUGUCCUAUACUCUGUAAGCCUGAUUGCCCGAGCUGCGCAAGGGUAUACGUUGAAACCACGAGAAGUUCGAAACCUGAGGCGUACCUUCAAGGAUAUCAUCACUUUCAUUCCAUUUGUUAUCAUUCUUUUGAUCCCGCUUUCGCCUAUUGGACACGUGCUUGUUUUUGGAGCUAUCCAACGGUUUUUCCCAGACUUCUUCCCAAGCUGUUUCACCGAGCAACGGCAGAAUCUUUUGAAGUUGUACGAAACCACCGAGUUUUCCGAAUUCACCAUCAACGAGAAUUUCAAGGAAAGAUUCUCAAGGGCUUUGGAGGCUAUUGGCUUCCUAAUAGCGAGCCGAUCUAAAAUGCUUUAUUCCUCUUUGUUGCGCGGAUCAAACAAUGACGACGAUUCGACCGAAACAAAUGGUGCAGAAGGGAAGCCAUGA